AAUGUGAUUGGCUUUUUUUUUGUUGUUUUAGAAUUUUGGAGUGACCAUUCAUGGAAUAGAUCUAUCAGUGAACAUGAUGAAGAUUGCAUUAGAAUACUUAGCAGAGCAGCCUGCUAUAGCAUCACAGAUUCAUUUCGAGAUUUGUGAUGUCACAGUAGCAGAGUUUGAAGCAGAAAGUUUUGAUGCAGUAUAUAGCAGAGACACCUUCAUUCACCUUGAGAAGAAAGAAGCUCUUUUCAGACAAUUUUUUAAAUGGCUGAAACCAGGAGGAAGGAUCCUAUUUACUGAUUACUGUAGAGGGAAUGAUGAGCCAUCUAAAGAGUUCAAAACAUAUGUGACAUCAAGAAAGUACCAUUUGUUGACAGUGAGUGGAUAUGAGAAGUUACUUCAAAGAGUGGGAUUUGUGAAAGUGAAAGCAGAGGAUAAAACUCAGGACUUCAGGGCUUCUCUUCAGAAGGAAUUAAAAAAGUUGCAAGACGGAAAAGCAGAAUUUUUAAACGAGUUUUGCCAACAAGACUAUGAUGAUUUAAAUCAAGGUUGGAAUGCCAAGAUACGUUGGGUUGACAAUGGUGACCAGAAAUGGGGAUUGUGCUAUGCAGAAAAACCUAUGCAGUGAUUAGUAGAUACAUAUAGAUAAAUGAAUUGUUUUCAAAAUAUUCAAAAUCUUUAUUAUGUUAAAUACCAAGACAGAUUCUAUUUUGUUAUGAAUAAUUUGCAAUCUAUUCUAUUUCAUUAGUUAUUAAAUAUUAAAAGCAUAUUUUGAAACAACACAGAAGAUAAAACUAUCAUUCUAUCAAAUCACAAUAUGUAUGGCUACAAAUCAAUAUUUGUAUAGGGUUUUAUGACUUUGUAUAAUUCUAGAAACUAAUGAAAGAGUGAGGGUUAAUUUCUUUGGAGUAGAAGGAGUUGUAUUGAAAUACAAUGAUAAAUAACACAUUUAAGUUAAGAUUGUGUGUACUGUUACAGAAACUUGUCUUCUGUUGCUACAAUCAGUACCUAAAGCUUUAAUAAAUCAUUUUCUAAAUUGAAAUAGAUACAAUUGCAGAAUUUAAAACAUAAUUGUAAUUAUUAUAUGUGUGCCAAAAUGAACAUUCAACUGCUCCAGGUCUCAGUUAGUAGCUAUUUCCUUAUUUAGGUGUAUCAGUUGUAACAUCAUAAGUUACAUGAUAUUGUUGGAAGAAAUCAGUGUUUGAUGAAUUUUCUUAAUUUUAUAGUACAGCCAAUGGUGUAAGUAUGUCCCCGCAAUUGUGUGAGGCCAAACCAAAAGGGAGCCUGAAAGGUCUGACAAACUUAAGAAUUGCUGAUAAGGGGAAUAAAUAUAGGGGCCCCAAUUACUUUUGAGGCAGAUGUGCCCAUCUUUUGUAGUUACAGUACUGAGUACAGCCUCAAAUAUAUUUAAUUGUUACAAAAAACCAUUAUUUCAAGGUUUUAUUUUUAGGUGUUUGAGGCUAAAGUUUGUUUCAUUAGCAAUUUCCAUAUAAAUCAUGUGUAACUUGUUUGAGUUCCUUAGUUGUCAACAAUUAUCAGAGGACUGUUAACACCUAUAUAGCUCUUUCUUAUGUUUGGGAACUUCAGAGUUGUUUAUCAAAUUUGAAGAUGCUGGGCUAUCAAGCUCUGCAAACACCUGAAGGAAGGUUGUGUUGACAAGAAGGUAUUUCAAUAUACAGUUAUCUUAGAUUCUGCUGUUGAAGAGCUUGAACAAUUCAAUCUGUAAAUUGGAUUUGCAUCCAAAAUCCUCAGGAGCGUUAGUUUUUGGCAUUGGCUGUAUGAUUAAUAUGAAAAACAUAAUUUGUUUAAAAAGAAAAUAAAAUAGAAUUUUUAUACCUAUAAAUCUUUUAUCAAACUAGUACUGGUCUAUAAAGUAAACUAUACUACUUGUAUAGAUGUUUCCAAUUCAAUAAUUAUGAACAUAUAUAGCAUGAUAUUAUUUCAGCUUAAGUCAUUCAACAAAAUAUGUUUAAAAUAUUUGUUUGUGUAAGUAUGAACCAUAAUGUUCAUAUUUUGGCUGCUCAAAGAUCUCAUCUUACUGUAUAGCAUAGAACAUGUACUUCUAUGGAAAUAGCAGUAGCACAAACAAUCAGUGUGCAUUUGCCUACUGAUAUAGCAAGUUUUGUAAUUGUUACCAAAGUUUUCAAAAUUUAAAGAUUGUUUGCAUUUCUCAUAUGAAAAUUAGUGGUAUUCAAAUGUGAUCACUUGCCCCAGCAAUGAAAGCCUUCAAUAUUGAAUUGUUGUAAAUAUUGUGAUUUUGAGCUUUUAAAGUGUAAGGUCCAAUUAUUUUUAUAAUUUUAUGCAAAUAAUAAUACUAAACGUUUUUGUCAGUGCAAUAUUAUAUAUACUUUACUUGUUAAUGGCAUUAAUUUAAUAAUUGGCUUUUUUUUGUAGUAAGUCUUUAAAAAUUAUUUUUACAUAACAGUUAUUCAAAUACAAGGAAAAUUUAUUUAUAUAUCUCACAAUCUGAAAAACUUUUUUGUUAAUGAAGUAAAUUUUGAACUUUAAAUCUAAGACCAUCAUCUAGUAAUACACAAUCUGUUUAUUUCUUUAGAAUCUCAAAGAAAACGAGUACAUUAAUAACUUCCAGUAUAAGAAAUACUUUGUUAUUGUUGGAGCUAGGAUAAUAUUAAGUUAUAGUUAGUUUCCACUUGCCCAAAUUAUUGUUAAUCUAAUAAACCUGUACCAGUUGAAAUAUCACAAUUUGAAUGGUAUUGUUGUAGUUAGAAUGAUAGUAAUGUGUAGCCAGAUUCCAUAAAAUACUGUUGUUGUUUUUCUAAUAAACUUAUGUCAAUUGAAGCAUGACAUCUUAUAUCUGAAAGAAUCA